AUGUCCUCCACCCACCCCAACACCUCCUACACCCUCGCCUGGAUCUGCGCCCUCCCCGAAGAAUACGAAGUCGCGAUCGCCAUCCUCGAUGAAAUUCACGGCAUACCACAGCAUCAACCUCUCGAAGAUAAGAAUGCCUAUCUAUUAGGCAGAAUAGGUCAACACCACGUCGUGAUGGUCUGUCUGCCUGCAGGACGGAUGGGGACAGCAGCAGCCGCAUCUGUAGCGGAGAAUCUGUGUCGGACGUUUCAGUCAAUGAGGUACGGGUUGCUUGUUGGUAUUGGAGGUGGUGUUCCCGGUGUAAUUUCCGGGAAGGAUAUUCGGUUGGGAGACGUGGUGGUUAGUGUUCCGGGGGGUGGGAAUGGAGGGGUUGUGCAAUAUGAUUAUGGUAAGAUUGGAGGUAAUGGGAGGUACACUCAUCGCGGACAUGUUAAUGCACCGCCGGAAAAUUUGUUGUCGUAUGUGACGCUUUUGGGGUGUCUUCUGAGGAGGAAGCAGGCUGGUGGUGGAGGGAAUGUGAUGGCCGAUAUCUUGGCGUCGCUUGGGGAGGCGUAUGCGUAUCCUGCCGGGCUGCGGGAUAGGUUGUUCUGCUCGAAUUAUGUCCAUCGCGAUAUCCAAGGAUAUACUGGCUGUGAUGCCUGUGGUUUCGAGGGCGAGGUGUUUAAAAGGCGAAGAAGUAGUGAUUUGCCAGUUGUGCAUUUGGGUACGAUUGCUUCGGGGGAUAGUUUGGUUAUUAAUGCUGCAAUUCGGGAUAGGUUAAGUGGGGAAUAUGGGGGAUCGAUUUUGUGUUUUGAGUGUGGAUCAGCUGGGGCUAUGAAUACUUUGCCUUGUUUGAUUAUUAAGGGCAUUGCGAGCUAUGCGGAUUCGCAUAGGUAUGAUGCGUGGAGGCCGCGUGCUAUUGCUGCUGCUUGCAGCUAUGCAAAGGCUUUGAUUUUGCAUAUUCCGAGGGAGGAGGUGCCGCAGCACGAGAAUCUCGUACAUGUGACAGAUCUGGUCAAAGACAUCCGUGACGAAUUGGGACAGAUAAAGGCGGCUAUUGCUGGUCUAUGGCAUAUACAGAAAGGCGAUGAGUAUACAAAGAGUCACACCGUCUACCAUUGUCUGAAGACUCUGGCAAGCAGAAGCGUGAGCAUCACUGCAAGAAUCACUAGCAGGAUAGCUUUUCCUUAUUAUGGAUUUAUGCAAGCGAGUCAGUAUCUGAGACAUCGGAUAUCGCUAUUUUUCGACAGCAUGAAGCGGUAUAUCUGGUUAAUACUACCUGGCCGCCCUUCAAGGGACAGGAGGACCGGCCCUAGUGGUGGAGCACUCCCUUCCGUACUUUCUAUCCAAGGAUGGGGAUGGCAUCUCAUUGCAGAGCCGCAUGUGUGGAUGUCCUCGUGA